AUGGAAUAAAACACAAUGAUUACGAAUGCCAUAAAUUUAUGGACAUAUGAGGUUAAUAAUGAAGAGAAGUUAGAUUUGAAUACAGAAUUUAAAUAUCUAUCGGAUGAGUAACAAUAAAAUAUAUUUGAUGAAUGUUUCCAUAUAUUUGAUUUUGGAUUAUCUUACGAUCUCUAAUAUAUGGUCAUUUUCGAAGAUAAAGUCAAAAAAUUGAUUAAUUAAUCAAGGAGAACGAAAGGGCGAUUAAGAAGUGAUCUAAGAUUAAAAUUAUUCGACAUUAAAUCUAAUAGUGUAGUAUUUGAAAGUAGCAUACUAUGCAGAGGGUUUCUUCUUGUAAACUUUCAUUUUUCACAAGAUUCACAUUAUCUACUUUGUCAAGGUUACUGGGAUGGGUAUUUAUUAAUAGAUAUUCAUUAAAAGAAAGAAUUUAUCUUUAAAAAUUUAGAAGAUACCCAUGAUAUUUUGUAGAUGGAUACAAUCAAUAGUUAUUAUUUAUAUAGAAAUAAUAAAUUAUUACAUAUUAAUGCAGAGUAGUUCAAUUUACAGAAGGAAAUUAACCUUAAAUUGAAUUUUAAAUAUAUCCUUUAUUUUAAAUCAUUUUUAUCAAAGUUUGCGUUGUUAAGUACGGAUCUAUUCCAAUAUGUGAUUUAUCUUGAAAAUUGUAAAGUAAUUAAAUAAAACAAAAAAUAAGAAGCUGUUAAAACAGAAUAAAUCAUUUUUCAAAAUUACUUAAUAAUAGAAUAAGAAAAUAUCAAUCAAACAGAAUAUACAGUUCGGCUAUUACAUAGUGGAAGAUUAGUAAGAAGAGUAAAAGAUCUCUUUUAAAGUUCUGGUAAUGUAUGUUAAGAUGAAUUUGGCAUUUAUAAAUAUUCAUUUUUCGAAUUCGAAAGGUUAAAUAAUCUUUAUAAAAUCUAAAUAUUCGACUUCUUAAGAGGCAUUUCAAAAUUAAUACAUUACCGAAUUGAUUCUUAACAACAUGAGCACACCUAAAUCUCGAAAUUUUACAGUUAAUUUAUCUACACCAUGACAAUGAAUGGAUUGCGAACUACAAUUGCGUGUUAUCGUUUAGGAUGA